AUGGCCAGCAGCAAUCGCAAGCUGGUGGCGGCGGCGCUCGUAGUGUGCUGCGCCGUGCUGGUCCCUGCCCGUGCCGCGACGAGCCUCGCCAAGCGGGAGGCUCCUCUGCCACCGACCGGUAGCUACCUGCCACCAUCGGGUGGUGGUGGCGGUGGCGGCGGCGGUGGAUAUCCGGCCGCCCAGACUCCUUCCUCCAGCUACGGUGCUCCGAGUGGUGGAGCCGGUGGCGGCUGGAGCAAUGGGAAUGGUAACGGAAACGGCGGUCGGGGCUACUCCAACGGGGGCUCCAACGGUCACUCGUCCGGUCCUUCGCAAUCGUACGGAGCUCCGCCGUCAGGACCGUCGCAGUCCUACGGCGCUCCGGGCCAGGCUCCGUCGCAGUCCUACGGAGCGCCCAGCUUCGGGGGCAGUAAUGGAGGAGGCAACCAAGGGUUCGGAGGGCAGGGCGGUAACGGGUACUCCGGUGGUCGCCCAUCAAGCCAGUACGGACCACCGCAACAACAGCAGCAGCAGCCUCAGCAGCAGUCGUUCCGUCCCCCGUCCACCAGCUACGGUGUUCCGGCCGCUCCUUCGCAGUCCUACGGUGCGCCAUCUCAGCAACAGCACGGCAGCAACGGAUACUCGAGUGGCCGCCCGUCGAGCCAGUACGGAGCUCCGUCGCAGUCGCAAGGUGGCAACGGAUUCGGGGCACGUCCUUCGUCCAGCUACGGUGCGCCCAGUCGUCCUUCGUCACAGUACGGUGCCCCAUCGAAUGGCAACGGACACAGCAACGGUGGAAACGGAAACGGACAUGGAAAUGGGCAUAGCAGCGGAGGAAACGGAAAUGGCAAUGGAUAUUCGCGUGGACCAGCCCAGCGUCCGCCGUCGUCGCAGUACGGAGCCCCGUCGCAGGGUCCACCUUCCUCUCAGUACGGAGCCCCGUCGCAGGGUCCUCCCUCAUCCCAGUACGGAGCCCCAUCGCAGGGUCCUCCCUCAUCCCAGUACGGUGCUCCGUCGCAGGGUCCGCCUUCAUCCCAGUACGGAGCCCCAUCGCAGGGUCCUCCCUCCUCGCAGUACGGUGCUCCGGCUCCUUCCCGCCCAUCGUCCCAGUACGGUGCCCCGGCGCAGACUCCCUCGAGCCAGUAUGGAGCCCCGUCCCAGACGCCAUCGUCUCAGUACGGUGCCCCAGCACCUCGACCACCAUCGUCCCAGUACGGAGCCCCUUCCCAGCCUCCAUCUAGCCAAUAUGGAGCUCCUUCCGCUCAAGCCCCAUCGAGCCAGUAUGGUGCUCCUGCCCAGACCCCGUCCAGUCAGUAUGGCGCUCCAUCCCAGCCUCCAUCUAGCCAGUACGGCGCUCCGGCUAGGCCUCCUUCUAGCCAGUAUGGAGCUCCUUCCCAGACUCCCUCGAGCCAGUACGGAGCUCCCAGCUUCGGUGGUGGCUCCUCGUUCGGCGGCGGCGGCGGUGGCAACGGUUUCAGCGGCGGCAGCUACCAGGCCGGCUCGAGCGGUAACGGAUUCUCGCAGGCCUCGUUCUCGGCCAGCACCUUCUCCUCGAACGGCCGAUCGUCGCACUCGGGCGGUGGCUACAGUUCCGGCGGUCCGUCACAUUCCGGAGGCGGCGGCGGCGGCGACCAACGUUUGAUAUGUAUCGGUGCACCGUCUGCUCGCUGGACACUCGGUUUAGGUAAUGAGCUGCGAGUCAAGUUCCCCUGUAAGCCCCUGUUUAAGUCUCCUUCCGGCGGCAUGGAAUCCAAACCGGAGCGGAUGUGA